AUGGGGGACUUCAAUCUGGCUGACUUGACCGAUGACCAGAUCGCGGUCUUCCCCGACCCGCAGCUCAAAAGGCUCAUCAGUGAGUUCGAGAAAGAGAAGCAGAGGCGCCAGGACCGCAUAGACCGCGAGCACGAGAGGCUGAAGGCCCUCAACAGCGAGUUGGCCAUGCGCAAGGAGGAGCACGACAGGUACAGGAGGGAGCUGCAGAAGCUCACCAACGUGUUCCAGGAGAGGGAGGCCCGGAGGAAGACCACCAAGAAGGACGACUACUUGUCCCGACUCAUCCACGACGACGUCGACGCGAAGCGCGAGGUCCAGGACAAGGUGCGUUCCUCGGUGGAGUCCCAGCUCGAGGAGACCAUAAAGAGGGGGAAGACGGCGAGGAAGAACGAGCUCGGCAUCCGGAUCUUCGACGAGAUGGAGCUGAUGGUGGACAAGCCGCCCGCGGAGCAGGCCAAAGAGAACAAGGUCAUCGACACCGUCAUGGUAGUCUUCGCGCAGAACUCGGAGUCCAGAUCGUGCGCCCACGAGCUGCUCGAGGACGCGUGCCUGUACUGGGGCCUAUCCGAGGGCGUGCCCGCCGAUGCGCCAGGGAUGAAGUCCCUCGGGCACAGCGUCAGCUGCACAGGCACUGGCCGCGGUCUCACCUACGUCACCCUCAGCCUCACCUUCGAGCUCAUCAGGUCGAUCAGCCUCAAUGCCACCACGCCCAUUGAGUCGAGCAUGUUGGUGCGCGACAGCUGCACCUCGUGCGCGGCGGCGAAGCGCGCCGCUUGGCGAGCCAAGGAUGUCAUCGAGGUUCACCCUGGCCGACGCCGCGCCCUGCUUGGCUCGCAUGUCAGCGCGAGCAUUGCCGUCCAGCUCGAACUGCGAGACGAGGCCAUCUGCGACCGCCUUGGGGCCCAGGCGCGGGUAGGCCUGGUCGAGGCCCGAGCCAUCCACAAAAACAUGGUGUCCGUGGAGCCCGAUGGCGACACGGCAAUGCAGCUCCACCAGAAGACCAUGAUCACGGUCCACAUCUCGCCGCAGUAUGGUGCACGCUCCCAGGAGUUGAGCAAACUGGGGAGUCUGGCCAGGAUGUCCUCCCCCACCUCCAGCAGCAAGCGCGGGUGGAAAUUGUCCCAGCCAAGGCCCGCGUUCCUGGAGAACUUGCGCGCCGCGAGCUUGACGUCGUCAACUGUGAUCGGCGGCAGCACCCACUCGCCGACGGCCCAUAGGUAUCUCGCCGAGCCCAGCAGCGUCGAGGAGACAAUGACAACUCCUGACGAGACUGCCGUGGUGAAGCGCGUCUCCUGGAUGAGCAUCACGUGCGGCGCCAUGCCAUUCUUCAUCAUCCAACCGUGGACACUGGAGGCCGUGUUCCACGUGUUGCCGUUGUAG